AUGACAUCCCGGGAGCAGCUGGUGCAGCAGGUGCUCCAGGAGCUGCAGGAGGCGGUGGAGUCCGAGGGCCUGGAGGGUCUGGUGGGCGCUGCUCUGGAGGCCAAGCAGGUCCUGUCCUCCUUCACCCUCCCCACCUGCCGGGAGGGCGGCCCCAGCCGCCAGGUGCUGGAGGUGGACUCGGUGGCCCUGAGCCUGUACCCAGAGGACGCGCCCAGGAGCAUGCUGCCGCUGCGCUGCCAGGGCGAGGGCAGCCUGCUGUUCGAGGCGGCCAGCCUGCUGCUGUGGGGCGACGCGGGCCUCAGCCUGGAGCUGCGGGCGCGCACCGUGGUGGAGAUGCUGCUGCACAGGCAGUACUACCUGCAGGGCAUGAUCGACUCCAAGGUGAUGCUACAGGCCGUGCGCUACUCGCUCUGCUCCGAGGAGUCCCCCGAGAUGACCAGCCUGCCGUCCGCCACGCUGGAGGCCAUCUUCGAUGCGGACGUCAAGGCCACCUGCUUCCCUAACAGCUUCUCCAACGUGUGGCACCUGUACGCCCUCGCCUCCAUCCUUCAGCGCAACAUCUACUCCAUCUACCCCAUGCGCAACCUCAAGAUCCGGCCCUACUUCAACCGCAUCAUCCGGCCCCGCCGCUGCGACCACGUGCCGGCCACGCUGCACAUCAUGUGGGCUGGCCAGCCCCUGACCAGGCACCUCUUCCGCCACCAGUACUUUGCCCCUGUGGUGGGACUGGAGGAGGUGGAGGCUGAAGAGGCUACCUGCUUGGCCCCUGCAGCGCCAGCUCUAGCUCCGGCGCCACCGCCAGCCAAGACCCCGGAGCUGCUCACCCAGGAGCCUGGCCUCAGCUACUCCCACUUCUGUGAGCGCUACAGCGUCACCAAGAGCACCUUCUACCGCUGGCGGCGACAGUCCCAGGAGCACCAGCAGAAGUUGGCCACCCUCUGCUCAGCCAAGCAUGUCCUGCAGGACAGUGUCCGCCGUGGGGGCAUCAUGUCACUGCAGCAGUUUCUCCAGCGGUUCCCCGAGAUCUCCCGCUCCACCUAUUAUGCCUGGAAGAAUGAGCUGCUAGGCACUGGCACCUGCCAGCCGCCGGCCCCCAAGGAGGCGCUGGGCGUGGAGGAGCAGGAGAAGCUGCCAGAGGAGCCGGCUCCCGAGGGGCUGGGGUGCUCCAUGCUGCCCGGGUCCAGCCCCGGAAUGGUCCUCAUGCAGCGGGCCAAGCUGUACCUGGAGCACUGCAUCUCCCUGAACACACUGGUGCCUUAUCGCUGCUUCAAACGCAGGUUCCCUGGCAUCUCCCGCUCCACCUACUACAACUGGCGCCGGAAGGCCCUCCGGAGGAACCCCAGCUUCAAGCCGGCCCCGGCCGUCUCCACAGCCCAGGCUCCCCAGCCAGUAUCUGUUGGGGAAGAGGCUCUGCUCCCUGAGAAGGGUGAGGUGGGAGAGGGGCCAGGGAAAGCAACAGGUGUGGGGGGGUCACCCACCCCCCAGGAGUUCCUGCCCCCGAGGAUGCCCCUGUCCCGUCGGCAGAGGCGUCUGCGCAGGGCUGCCCGCAAGCAGGUGCUCAGUGGGCAUCUCCCCUUCUGCCGUUUUCGCCUCCGCUACCCUAGUCUGUCCCCCUCCACCUUUUGGGUCUGGAAGAGUGUUGCCCGGGGUUGGCCCAGAAGCCUGUCCAAACUCCAGAUCCAGGCUCCUACCCUGGGCAAAAGCGGGGUGCAGGAGGCUGAGGCGAAGCGAGAGGAAGAGGCUGGCAGGAAUGUGACAGCUGCCAUGGUCCCAGCUGCAGGGACCCCAAAGGUGGCAGCUCCUCCAGGAGAGGAUCCAGGGAAGGCCCAGGAGGGUCCUUCCAGAGAGAGGGCCCUGCCAGAGGGGGCCACGGCCCAGGGGUGGCCCCACAGUGGGUCCUGGCCCAGCCACCCUGUGGUGGCGGCGGCAGGUGGCAGGGACAGCCAGGCGCUGAUGAUGGACAUGCUCGCCACCACGAAGUUCAAGGCUCAGGCCAAGCUCUUCUUGCAGAAGUGCUUCCAGUCCAAGAGCUUUCCCUCUUACAAGGAGUUCAGCGCCCUCUUCCCCCUCACCGCCCGCUCCACCUACUACAUGUGGAAGCGAGCCCUGUACGACGGCCUCACCCUGGUUGAUGGCUGA